AUGAUCUUGACCUUCCAUAUUUGGAAGUCUCUAGCAUCAUCAACCAAUGACUGCAUCUUAAAUAUUCAAUUUCCUUCUCAACGAAAUGAUUCAAAUUGUGUUCAAGGUAACUGGGGAGGAUUCUUGGAAGCAAAUUGUUGUGUUGUUCCUUUUGAUGGUUAUCUACAUGCAUUAGGAGAAAGAGCCAACAAAACAGGGCAGAUAUUUCUUAAUAUGACAGAGCAAGUCAACUGCUUGGCUUCAAUGAAAACUAAGCAAGAUGAUGUUCUCAAUUGUGGGAUUCAGAAGCUAACAAGUGGAGAAGGCGGUUGUUCAGAUUAUUCUGUAAUAGAUGUGAUAAAUAAGCUCGAAAACUUUGAGAAUAUGUUGGAGGAAAGUUGUGAUCUUGGUAGCGAUGAUUUGUCGGGUGAGGCUUGUGGUUCUUGUUUAAGGAUGUGGGAAGAAAUGGGAGAGAAAGGGGAGGAUGAUAUUUGUAGAUUUGCAGUUCUUGUAACGGUAACUAGCCGUGGAAUUUAUGAGGAGAAAUGGAUCAAGGAACUUUAUGGUUGUCUACAAGGGCAAAACCGCCUUUCUAUGGGUAAUGGAAUACAUACAUUCUAA